UCUCACCGAACACAACUUUUCAGUAUCAGUUCCGUGCCAAACCCAAGUGGGUUUUGGUCGGCCACCACUCUAGCCACAGGCCAAAAAUAAGGUCAUGUUCCAUGGGCCUUUUCUUUCUUGAAUCCACAACAAGUCAUUUCAUCAUCUCUUCCAUUCUUUCUGUAUGAGUUUUUCUUCUUACAGACCCCAAUGAGAAUUUCACUCCUUUCAUGGCUUUUCUUCAUACCCAUUUGCUCACUUUUCCUCAACUUUGGUAUUUUUGUGGUGUCUCAAUCUCAAACAUGUCUUAGCGAUCAGCGAGACUUGUUGAUCGGAUUGAAGAAAAGUCUCAUCUUCAACCGUUCGUUGUCCACAAAACUGUUGCACUGGAAUGAAACUCAGUUUCCUGAUUGCUGUUUGUGGAAAGGUGUAAACUGCAGCAAGGAGGGACGUGUGGUUGGUCUCGACCUCUUCAACGAAUCCAUCAUGGGUGGACUUCAUCACAAUUCAAGCAUUUUCAGUCUCCAGUAUCUUGAGUACCUGAAUUUGGCUUAUAACAAGUUGAGUUCUACGAUUCCAUCUCAGUUUGGCAAUCUGACGAGUUUGCGUAGUUUGAAUUUGUCAAAUGCUGGCUUUGCAGGGCAGGUUCCAAAUGCGAUUUCACGUCUCACAAGGUUGGUUACUCUCGAUUUGUCUACCCUUUCUUUCUUGAGUGAUAAUACGCUGAAACUUGAGGACCCAAAUUUAGCUAAGCUGGUUCAGAAUCUUUCGGAGAUUAAGCAACUAUAUCUUGAUGGUGUAAAUAUAUCAGCGUCAGGGGAAGAGUGGUGCCAGGCCUUAUCAUCUUCAUUGUCAAAUCUAAGCGUGUUGAGCAUGUCAAAUUGUUAUCUUUCAGGGCCUCUUAAUUCCUCCUUACAGAAGCUUCAGUCUCUGUCAAUUAUUCGUCUUGAUAAUAACAACUUUUCUGCUGCUCCAGUUCCAGAAUUUUUUGCUGAAUUCAGAAAUUUGACUUCCUUGGGUCUCAGUUCUUGUGGAUUGAAUGGAACAUUUCCUGAAAAAAUCUUCCAGGUUCUAACACUGCAGACACUUGACUUGUCAAAUAAUGAACUACUUAAAGGUUCUUUGCCAGAAUUUCUUCCAAAUGGUUCUCUUCGGUCACUGCUGCUUAGUGGUACAAAAUUUUCAGGGGCACUGCCAGAUUCUAUUGGUAACCUUGCAAUGUUGUCCAGAAUAGAUCUUUCUAGGUGCAAUUUCAGUGGAUCAAUACCGAACUCUAUGGGAAAUCUUACUCAAUUGGUUUAUUUGGACAUGUCAUCAAACAGCUUCACCGGACUAAUUCCAUCAUUCAGCAUGGCCAAGAAGUUGACCCAGAUAUACCUUUCCCAUAAUGAUCUAACAGGUAAGAUUGAUUCCCUUAACUGGAAGGAUCUUCUGAAUCUGGUGAUUCUUGACUUGGGUAACAAUUCACUUGAAGGGAAUAUUCCGGCCUCGCUGUUUUCCCUUCCAUCAUUGCAAAUAUUACGACUUUCCCACAACCAAUUUUCUGGUCGGCUUGGAUUUAAUGUUUCUUCUCACCUACUGAACACCCUUGAUUUGAGUAGCAACAACUUGGAAGGGCCAGUACCAACGUCUGUCUUUAAACUUAAAGGUCUUAAGCUUCUCUCACUUUCUUCUAACAACUUUAGUGGACCCUUUCAGCUUAAUAAGAUUCAGCAGUUGAGAAACCUUUCCAAUCUUGAUCUUUCAUUCAACAGCUUGUCUGUUGAAUAUAAUGAAACUAAUUCUCUAUUAUCUUCUUUUCCCCAAAUUACCACUUUAAGAUUGGCUUCGUUCAAGUUGAAAACUUUUCCUUAUUUCUUGAGAAACCAAUCCAAAUUAACCAUUCUAGACCUUUCAAUUAACCAGAUUACCGGAGAGAUUCCCAGCUGGAUCUGGAAACUUAAUAAUCUUCUGAACCUAAAUCUCUCUGAUAACCUCCUGAGAGGGCCUUUACACAAUCUUCCUUCUACGUUAAGUUUAAGUAUCCUAGAUCUUAGUUCCAACAAACUCCAGGGGCAACUCCCAACUCUCCCACCAUCUGCCAUAUAUCUGGAUCUCUCAAGGAAUAAUUUCACCUCUUUUAUACCUGCUGGCAUUCUCAGCUCCCUCAGUGUUGCUUCUCUCUUAUAUCUUUCAAACAAUCAUUUAUCUGGCAGUAUCCCUGUAUCAAUAUGCAAUGCUCCAUAUCUGCAAGUUCUUGAUCUGCACAAUAAUUUUUUGAAUGGCACUAUUCCCCAAUGCUUCUAUGGAAUGACUGAGACUCUCGGGGUGUUGGAUUUGAGAAGGAACAAACUUGGUGGCAAUUUAUCUGAUUCGUUUCCAGUUAAUUGUGGUUUACUAACUCUAAAUCUCAAUGGAAACCUAUUAGAAGGAGUGGUACCAAAAUCUUUGGAGAAUUGCAAAAGUUUGGAGGUCUUGGACCUGGGGAACAAUAAGAUAAAGGAUGCCUUCCCAUGUUACCUGAAGAACAUAUCCUCGUUGCAUGUCCUUAUCUUGCGAUCUAACCAAUUUUAUGGGUCCAUUGAUUGUGGAGGGCCAAAUACCUCUUGGCCAAUGCUUCAAAUUGUUGACCUCGCUUCAAACAAUUUUAUUGGUCGACUUCCAAGAGAAUCCAUUUUUGCUUGGAAGGCAAUGAUGGCCCAGGCACGAAUUCAAUACCUCCAAUUUGGAAUCCUACAUUUCAGUCAAAAUUAUUAUCAAGAUAUGAUAAGAGUUACCAUUAAAGGUCUAGACAUUGAGCUGGUUAGGAUUUUAACUCUUUUCACUUCAAUUGAUGUAUCCUGCAACAAUCUUAAUGGGACAAUACCAGAAGAAAUAGGAGAGCUCAAAUCAUUACGUCUUCUCAACUUCUCGCAUAAUGCUCUUACAGGCCACAUUCCACCAUCUCUGGGCAACUUGACUCAAUUGGAAUCAUUGGACUUGUCAAGCAACAACCUUACGGGGGAGAUCCCUGUGCAACUUGCAGAUAGUCUUACUUUCCUUUCAUUCCUAAACCUUUCCUUCAAUCACUUGGUGGGGCUAAUUCCAUUUUUGAAGCAAUUUUCUACAUUUUCAGAAUCUUCCUAUGAAGGGAACAAAGGAUUAUGUGGAGUCCCGUUGGAGACAAAAUGCACAUAUGGUACAGCUCCACCACCUUUAGCAACACAAAAAUCUAAAGGCACAAGUUCAACUACUUUGAUUGGAUUUGAUUGGCAGUUCAUACUGACCGGAUUGGGUUUUGGGGUUGGAGCAGCAGUUGUUGUUGCUCCCUUAACAUUUUGGGAGAAAGGAAGAAAAUGGCACGAUGAUAGCAUUGACAAGAUUCUUCUGGUUAUUCUUCCAAUGAUGGGAUUGUCUUACGCUGGCUGCUAUAAUGCAAAGGUUGAGGCAGAGGAAGACAUUGAAGAUGAGAACACAGAAGACAGUGAAGAAGACGACAAUGAUGAUGAAAUGGAAGAUGAUGAAUUUCGUGGCCGGUACUGUGUUAUCUGUUCUAAACUCGACAUUAGUAGGAGAAUGGUCAUCCAUGACCCUAUGUGUACUUGCCAUAACUCACCCCCCCUUUCUUCUUCUUCCUCUACAUCCUCAUCUUCUUCAUAGUUACAUCAUCAUAGCCAACCCUUUAUGCCUUUCUUUUUUCAUUUUUUGGACCUUUUCUUUUGUAGAUAUAUACAGAAUCAUCAACCCAAAUAAUGGGGUGAUGAGAUGAGCACAUAACUUGAAUAAUGCCAGCUUGUAGCCUUUUUGGCUUAGGAAUAAUGUUCUUUUUAUCUAAA